AUGGAGGACGAUAAAAGCCAGGAAAGUGAGGAUUGGAAGGUGGAACGGACCAAAACACCGCUCAAUAUGGAUGAGGAUGGUAACGAUAUUAUAACAACACUGCGAAGCGACCUCGCCGGCCUGCAGUACAAGCGAGACAAACUUAUAUCUGAAAAUAGCGAUCUCAAGAACCAAAUGCUGUCCCGGGAUCAGAGAAUACUAGAACAGCAAGUGGAAAUCGACCAUCUGCGAGAGCAAAAUGCGCGGCAAAACGCCAUCAUAUCGUCCUACAAGAAGAAAAUACAGGAUCUCGAAGAAAUCCAGAGAAAUCUCCAGACGAGCCAGGGCAGGAGCGACCUAACCGUACAGACGCUGCAGAGAGACAAUCGAUACUGCGAGGAGAAGAUUAAGGAUUUGGAGAAGAAGCUUAGAACGCUGGAACUGGAGUGUCACAAUGAGGAGCAGCAAAAGGAGAACGCGCGAUGCCAAUUCCACGAUCUCGUUCGAAGGUUAUCCGUUGCUUUGGACUCGGAUUUCUGUGACACAACGCACACGCGCUCCCCCGAAAGCCUGAUUAUCAAGGCGUCAGAGUUGGUUCAGGAAAUAACGAGACUGAAGAACAAAUGUAUGAACACGACCGAAAAUUUGUCGACCAUCGAACAAGAUCUCCGAAGCUGUCGCGACUCGCUCGAAAGAGCGCACGCUGAUAAGGACAUCCUACAAAGACAGCUAUCCUCUCAACUUCUAGACGUAGAGAGACUGAAACAGGAGAAGGAAUCUCUCUCGGUCUCUAAUAGAGUCUUGGAGAGAGAGUUGCACGAGGCCAGAGAGAAGUUGUCGCACUGUACCAAAAAUCUGAAUGUCGUGACGGACAACGUCAGCCAAAAUGAGUCCAUGAUCAUACAACUCAAGGAGGAUCUCCGCCACCGCGACGAGAAGCACCAGCGGCUCCAGGCGGAGUUCCGCAACACCCUAGAGUCCAUCGCCAUCCUGCUGAGCCUGCCCACGCGCUUCGUCGACGCGCACGAGACAACCAUCAAGGAUCGGAUACGGGAGAUACUGAGCGAUAAUAAGGAUAAGAGUUUGCAACUAGAAGCCCUCCGCGAGAAGCUGGGCAUGGAGUCGCACCAGCUGGAGCGGGCGGUGCAGCAGCAGGCGGCGGCCGGCUCCCGCGCCAGGCUGCUGGAGGACGAGCGGGCCAUCCUCGAGGCCAAGCUGCACAAGCUGGAGGCUGAGCUGAACGCCGCGGAGCUGGCCAGAGACUCCCUGAGGAAGGAUAAGGCGAAUUUCGUGGCAUUCCUGGAGCGUCUUAGCCGUACUCUGAACAUGGAGGAGCUGACCCACGACACGGGCAUCGAGCUGCACACGGACGCCGUGCUGCACCGCGCCGAGCAGUUGGCCAGGCUGGAGAGCGACAAGAUUGUUGAUAAGACCGCAGUAGUAUACCAGCUACAACGUCGCAUCAAGAUCCUCCGUGAGCAGCUGCAGAGGAAGGACCUGCACCUCGACUUGUUGAGGAGGAAACUGAGCGUCCAGGAGGAGAGCUGCCGCGUGCGAGCUGUGCUGCAGGCGGAGCGGGACGAGGCUCUGGGCCGCAGCCGCAAGCUGUCGCGGCAGUGCGACAAGCUGGCCGCGCAGCUCGCCGACGCGCGCGCCCAGAUCAGGGACCUCAACGGGCAGCUCGCCGACGCCGCCGACUACAAGAUAACAUCACUGGAACGGGCCAGAAAGAUAGAAGAACUCCAGAAGAAGCUGGAUGAGGCGGAGAUACUGCGGACACGGUACAACCGGAAGGUCAACGUGCUGAAGGACCAGGUGCGGGCCACGGGAGAGACCCUCGAGCAGGAGCGAGGCACCCUGGAGCACCAGCUCAGCAUCACCAGAGAUGACCUCGCCAGGACCAAGGAGGCGCUGGCAGAAUGCCAAAGAAGAGAGGCGCAGCUGCAUAGUUUUAGGAACUCUAUCGCCAAGCUGCUGGGCAUCCUCGUGCCAUCGACGGUCCCCGACUUCGAGAUGGUGUCACGGCUGCAGAAGCUGAUCGACGCGCACCACGACUUCACCGUCGUAUCGCGGCGGUACGACGACCCCGCGCUGCUCCGCGCCGCCUCGCGCUCGCCGCCGCCGUCGCGCUGCCGCACGCGCACGCCCGACAGGUCUCUCCGCUACGACGACAGUGGGUAUGCGGAUCCGCCGCCCUUCGACCUGGACGACGACCUGUACAAGCGCGCCUUGUGACGCCAGCGCCGCCGCCGAGACCUCCAACAGGACUUCUAGACCUUCAAGUAUUCGUAUCAUGACCUGAUAACGUGAAACCUCAGCCA